GUGAAAGCACAAUUCAUGUCGAUCAAGAAACAGAAGCAAAUUUCAUACAACUUUGAGUCUUUGAUUGCCUCCUUCCUAAAUUCCGAUUCCCAGCAGACAAAAAAACCAACCCUGUAAUUGUUUGUAGCAACUAUCAAUCGACAUUGUAUUUCUAUUCCACAAUCCACAGUUCAAACCUUAACCUAUAAUUUUUGUAACCAAACAUCAGAAAUGAUUCUCAAUUCCAUAGCCGUAUUACGGAGAACCCCUUUCUUCCUCAUCCAUUCUUCAUCUCUCUAUUCUCCCAAACAUCCUUCGUUUUCUCAUCACGAAUUCACCUUAUUUGCAUCAAACCCACUUCAUAGGUCCAAUUUUUCAUCUCAAACCUCUCUUUAUGGCUCAAUUUUCAGUAAUAAGGAGUUGGGUUUUUAUGAGUUGAGUAAGAAACAAUUGGGUAAAGGUUUUUCUCGGAUUUCAGCUGUUUCUGAUGAUGGAUCUGGGGGUUCUUUUGGUGGUAAUGGCGGAAAAGGUUUUGGUGGCUCCGGUGAUGAUGGUGCUGGUGAUGCUGGCGGGAAAAAAUCUAAAUGGAACUUUCUUUCAUGGUACAUGGAUCUUUUGGUGAAGUUUCCUGUCUUGACCAAAGCUGUGACUUCUGCGUUGUUAAACUUGGUUGGAGAUGUAAUUUGUCAGCUUGUUAUAGAUCAAGUCCCGUCACUGGAUUACAAAAGGACUUUCAUGUUCACCUUCUUGGGAUUUGCUCUGGUGGGCCCGACACUGCACUAUUGGUAUUUAUAUCUUAGUAAAUUGAUUACUAUUCCUGGAGCUUCUGGUGCUUUCUUGCGGCUUCUACUUGAUCAGUUCAUCUUUGCUCCUAUCUUUAUCGGAACUUUUCUUUCUGCAUUGAUGACACUAGAAGGAAGGGCUUCACAAAUCGUCCCAAAGCUGGAACAGGAAUGGCUUUCAUCCGUGGUUGCUAACUGGAAACUGUGGAUACCGUUUCAGUUUCUAAACUUCCGUUUUGUUCCACAACAGUUCCAGGUUCUUGCUUCAAAUUUUGUAGCUGUAAUAUGGAACGUGAUCUUAUCAUUCAAAGCUCACACAGAGGUUGUUGCUAAAUAAGUAUGUUUCCAAACCUAUUCCAUUCUUUGAUUAGUAUUGCAUUACGUAUACUAUGAUUUUUCCGACUUUGCACCAAAUCUAUUUUAAAAAAAUUCUGGCUGUUAAAUUCAAAACCACUGCGCUUACAGCCUUUAAAGUAUUGCAUUAACUUUGUCAAAAACGGAUGAACUUAUGUUGUUAAUUUUUUUGAUCUUUCUUUAAUUUCUCGGCCUUUGUUUGCUAUACAACUUCGAUAGGGUUUCAUGCUUUUGCUGCCCUUCUCAUGAUCUCAUCUUGGUUGCUGAUUAGUCAUAGUUAAAGUGAUCAACCCAGUAUCCCACACAGGUCGGGGUUUGAGGAGGGAGGAAGAUAGCGGACGGACCAUACUCGUACCCUUUUCAAGGAAAGGGCACCGAGAACUGUGCGCACACAAAUAAUCCCCUAAAAGGAUGGGCUCUGGUUGCUGAUUAAUAUGUAUAUAUGUUUUUGAAGUGUAGGUUGCUUGGUAUCUAAAUGUUUCUAGGAAUCUAUUUUCCUGUGUACCACUACCAGUUCCUUUUCUGAAGCACCGAGUUCUGCAAAUAUAAGUCAAGUUGUUCUUUUAUCUUCAAAUGGAUUACUAGUGUUAGUUGUUUCCGUUGUUCCCAACCAACCAAAUCGGUAUCUGUAGCAACUCACCACCAACAGAAUAAUGGAUUCUCUUACUUAUAGAUUAGUAUUAGUAUUCUAUUAUAAGUUGAAUAAAUUAUAGUUUUUGUUAAUCAUAAUCUUUUACGUUUGAUUUGUUUUGGU